GCCUCCUUUGACUCUUUAGGGUUCUUCCUGCAAAACCCCCAUUUCAUUGCCUCCAAUCUGAUAAAAGAAGAGCUUCGAUCCCUAAGAGAUGAGUUUGAUCCUCAGAUUCAGACAACACUUAUCAACCAAGUUAUCUCAAACCUCAAGAUCUUUACUCGUUUCCCGAAGUUUCGGACAACCAGCGAGACAAGAAGAUGAAGAAGAAGAAGAAAUAGAUCAGAGGAAGCUCCCGACAGACUACGAUCCCGCGACAUUCGAUCCGACAGAACACCGAAGUCCACCAACAGACCGCGUGUUCCGUCUCGUCGACGAGAUCUCAUCUCUAACGCUAUCAGAAAUCUCGGAACUCGGCGCGAUUAUAUUGAAGAAGAGAGGCAUCACUGAGACACCAACCGUCGCGGUUAUGAAGCCCGGAGCUGUAGGUGCCGGCGGGAUCGCUCAGGGGACAGGUGGUGGCGGUGGUGGUGGAGCGAGUGAAGAAGCGAAAGUGGAGAAGACAGUGUUUGAGAUAAAGCUUGAAGGGUUUGAAGCGUCGGGGAAGAUAAAGAUAAUUAAGGAGGUGAGGAGCUUUACUGAUUUGGGGCUGAAGGAAGCUAAGGAGUUGGUGGAGAAGACUCCUUCGGUUUUGAAAGCUGGUGUUUCUAAAGAGGAAGGUGAGAAGAUUGUUGAGAAGCUUAAGGCUCUUGGUGCUAAAGUUGUUCUUGAGUGAAAAUCAAAGCAAGGUUUUAUGUUUUACUACUUGAUCUUUGAAUUUUUUUUUCUUUGGUUCCGUAGGAGCUAAUAAUGUAAUAGAUUACACUUAAGCAGCUUUUGCUAUAAUUGGUGGUUUUGAGAGAUGAUUAAGUACAUCAAUGUUUUGGGAACUCUUGUGUUCUAGUUUAGUGUUGUUUUUCUGGCUUUGAUUCUUGUUUCUGAAAUCUUUUAGGAUGAAACUAGUUUCCACCACUCGAGAAAAGUAGAAGACAUACAUAGUCA